AUGGCUUAUUACCAGCAAAACGACGCUAACGCCGGCUUCUACCAGUCCAAUUACGGUCAGUCGUAUGGUCAGCCCGGCUUGGACACCAACAUGGGCUCCAUGAACGCCUCUUUUGGCGCCAGUUUCGAUGUAAGCGGCGACAUGGGAGGAGGAGAGUUGACCCCAGGUCUUUUGGCAGCAUUCAGCACUUCCGGAUACCCUGGAGAGCCUCCACUUUUGGAAGAGCUCGGCAUUAACUUCAAUCACAUCAAGGGCAAGACAUUAGCUGUGUUGAAUCCUCUCCAGAAAGACAUAAACCCAGACAUCAUGACGGACCUGGACUUGGCUGGUCCCAUUUUAUUUGUGUUGCUCUUUGGUACGUUGCUACUAUUGUCAGGAAAAGUGCAAUUUGGCUAUAUCUAUGGUGUGGGACUUUUUGGCGUGGUGAGUUUACAUUACCUUUUCCGUCUCAUGAGCGUGGAUGUGCAAAUCGACUUGACACGGUCGGCGUCGAUAAUUGGCUACUGUUUGUUGCCUCUAGUGUUACUAUGUGCUGUAGGGUUGGUUAUUUCGCUCGAUUCGAUGUUUGGCUACUUUUUGAGUGUGGUUUCGGUGUUUUGGUGCACGUACGCUGCAUCAGGGUUGUUUGUCACGGUGCUCAAGCUUCACAACGUGCGUCCAUUGAUUGCGUAUCCGUUAUGUUUGUUUUACUUUGUCUUUGCGUUGAUGGCUAUUUUUGUUGAGAACAAGAUGGGAGCUUGA